AGCUGGCGCCUGCGCACUUUGUGUCUGCCGCUGCUGUGGUCCCGCGCCCCGCCCCCCUCGUUCUCCAGCCUCCUAGGUUCGCGCUCAGCGCCGGAGGUGGCUGUGCAGCCAGCAACGGACAUCCCGAGUUAAAGGUGAGGUGCGCGGGGCCGCCGCCCACGGCGGGGCCGGUGCACCUCUCCCACCAUCUAGGGGUCCCCCAUCUGCCCCCGAAGGCUAACGGUAGUGCGUGCGGUCGAACGCGGCCCAGAGGUAGGGAGCAGAAGCGAGGAGGCGCGCUCCCAGGGACGAGCGGGGCGCUGCGAGGGAAGGCGCGCCCACUAGAUGCCUGUCGGCCUCUACCGACCCCACCUGCACGGCGGUGCGAGGACCCUCGUUCUCUCCUAGGUGUCUGCAGUCAGAAGAGAGUUCUAUGCUUUCUUCUUGGCCCUGUGGGCACUGAGUGAGGCCCCUGGCCCCUGAGACCGCCUCCCCAGGAGUGGCCCUAGCCGUGGAAGCAGGCAGGUGAGACUCCUGGCUCUGUGUGGCCUAUGGGCCUCUGAGGAGGCGUUGUGAGUCUUCCCAGCUUCCCACUUACUGUGUUAGCACUCAAUGGGAAGGGAACCAAGGGACCAGGCCAAGUGGGUCCAGACAUUGACACAGAAUCUGAGCAGGCAGGCCAGGCUUUGUCCAGCUGUCAGCCACAGCCUCCAAACAGUACAAGGAUGGAAGUCAAAGGUCAGCUGAUCAGCUCUCCUACCUUCAAUGCCCCAGCUGCCCUGUUUGGAGAGGCUGCCCCCCAGGUGAAGUCAGAGCGUCUUCGAGGGCUGCUUGACCGCCAGCGGGUUCUGCAAGAGGCCCUGAGCCUCAAGCUUCAAGAGCUCAGGAAAGUGUGUCUGCAGGAGGCGGAGCUAACUGGCCAGCUGCCCCCCGAGUGCCCACUGGAGCCUGGUGAACGUCCUCAGUUGGUACGCCGGAGGCCCCCUGCUGCUCGUGUGUACCCUCCACCACACCCAAACCCAAGUCACCACUCCUUGUGUCCUGCUGAGGAACUGGCUCUUGAGGCCCUGGAGCGGGAGGUGUCAGUGCAGCAGCAGAUCGCAGCUGCCGCCCGACGCCUGGCCCUGGCCCCUGACCUUAGUGGAGAGCAGAGGCGGCGGCGGCGCCAGGUACAGGUUGAUGCACUGCGGAGGCUGCAUGAGCUGGAGGAGCAGCUCAGGGACUUCCGAGGCCGCCUUGGCCUCCCUGUGCUCCAGCUAUCUGCCGGAGCACUAGUCAAUGCCCAGGGUGUCUGCCUGGGCACACGCCUUGCUCAGCUCAGCCAAGAGGAUGGAGUUCUGCACUCGGAGAGCAGCUCCCUCUCAGAGUCAGGGGCCAGUCACGAUAAUGAGGAUCCUCAUAGCUGCUUCUCUCUAACUGAGCGCCCCUCACCACCAAAGGCCUGGGACCAGUUUCGGGCAGUAUCUGGGGGGAGCCCUGAGCGGCGAGCCCCAUGGAAGCCUCCCCCAUCAGAUAUUUACGGGGACCUGAAGAGCCGGCGCAACUCUGUGGCCAGUCCCACCAGCCCCACCCGCUCGCUGCCCAGGAGUGCCUCCAGUUUUGAGGGGCGAAGUGUGCCUGCUACCCCUGUCCUCACCCGGGGCACUGGCCCCCGGCUCUGCAAACCGGAAGGCCUCCAUUCUCGCCAGUGGUCCGGUAGUCAGGACUCCCAGAUGGGCUUUCCUCGGCCUGACCCUGCUUCCGAUCGGGCCUCGCUCUUCGCAGCUCGCACCCGCCGCAGCAAUAGCUCUGAGGCCCUGCUGGUGGACCGGGCAGCUGCUGGGGGAGCUGUAUCUCCACCUGCCCCCCUGGCUCCCCCUGCUGCUGGUCCCCCAGUCUGCAAAAGCAGCGAGGUGCUGUAUGAGCGCCCCCAACCAGUCCCUGCCUUCUCCUCCCGCACCACUGGCCCCCCAGACCCUCCUCGGGCUGCCCGGCCUAGCUCAGCUGCCCCUGCAUCCCGUGGGCCCCCUCGGCUCCCACCUGUAUGUGGAGACUUCCUCUUGGACUAUUCAUUGGACAGGGGCUUGCCCCGUGGUGCUGGUGGGGCAGGUUGGGGGGAUCUGCUGCCUGCUCCUGAAGUCCCAGGACCCCUUUCCCGCAGAGAUGGGCUCCUUGCCAUGCUCCCUGGUCCUCCACCCAUAUAUGCUGCUGACGGCAGCAGCCCCCUUCUCCGCAGCAAAGACCCCAACACCCGUGCCAUCCGUUCCAAGCCCUGUGGCCUGCCCCCAGAAGCUAUGGAGGGUCUGGAAGUGCAUCCAAACCCAUUACUCUGGAUGCCACCACCCACCCGGCUACCUCCAGCUGGUGAGCGAGGUGGCCAUAAGAACCUUGCCCUAGAGGGCCUCCGGGACUGGUACAUCCGGAAUUCGGGACUGGCCAUGGGGCCCCAGCGCCGGCCUGUGCUCCCACAUGUGGGCCCAACACACGUACCCUUCCUCCAUGCCCGCUGCUAUGAGGUGGGCCAGGCACUAUACGGUCCUCCCAGCCAGGCACCGCUCCCACACUCGAGGAGUUUCACAGCACCCCCUGUCUCCGGCAGAUACUACACGGACUUCCUGUAUCCCCCGGAGCUGAGUGCUCGCUUAAGUGACCUGACGCUAGAGGGGGAGCAGACUUCCAGUUCUGAUCCCCAGACACCAGGGACAUUGGUCUGACCCUUCCUGAUAAGGCCCUUGUUGCUCUGGAAAUACUCCAGUCUGGGGGACAGAUGGUCGACCUCGCUGAGCCCUGGGAUGUGGUUGCUCUUGGUCCUGAGGGGCAACUGCUUGGUCUCACAGGACCCCUGACUUCUUUUUGGGCCCAGGAGGAUGUCCGAUACCCCUGCUUCUCUUCUCAUCUUGUGCUGGGGGACUGGAGGGCCCCAGCUAGCUUCAAAGAGGGGAUAAUGAUUUGGGGACUCUGCCCCUUCCUCCAUUUCUGUUUACAGUUGUGAUUUAGUAUUCACUGUCUUUGCCCAACACUAGGGAUUUUCUAAAAGGGAAACUGAGCUCAUUCCUGGUUGGGUUCAUUCCUGUUCCUAUGCCCAGACUGUUCCAUUCAUGAGCCACGACCCCGCCUCAACAAGAUGGACCAUAUAGAGAGAGUCUCGGGGGGUUAAGAUACCUCUGUCAACAGGACUCCUUCCCACCAGAGUUCUCGGGCAGAUGGGCUUCUGUCCACAUUUGAAGGUUGGAGGUCUAGGUGGGGUCCCUGAAGGAGCUGUUGUCACUGUCUCUGCCCAUGGCCUCUUUGCUGAGGUUGUCAAGAAGCAGAGCCAUUUGAGUGUGUCACAUCCUAGGAUGCUGCAGUGGUUAAACCUGGCAACUAGGGGAUGCCAGCAAAACCCUCAGGUAACAUCUGGCCAUGGGCCACAGGCCACAUCGUGUCCUCCUUGGCAUUCCUUCUAUUCACCACUUUUUAAACAGAUCCACAUAAGCUGUGUUUUCUAUAUUGUCUGUGACUUUCUGGAGCUGGGGGUUCCCCUGCCCCCUUACCCGGUGUUACAUUUUCUUUUUGUACCGAUGGAUCUGGGCCCAAGACACUACUCACACUGGAAGGGGAUUUCUAUAAUAAAUAUGUAA